AUGGCUGCUCCUUUAAGAGGACAAGGAAUCAGUCAUCCAAUUAUCGAAGAGGGAUUCACGUGUCCGGGAGCUGCCACUGUCGCAAGCGAUAGUCAUUCCAAUAUAUACAGCCGGGUCCCGCCUGUUAUCAAGGAUACCGUAUACACACUGAGUGCGACUAGUUGCUCUUUAUGGCUUCUUCAUUAUCUCACCACUAUAGAGAGUUUGCCUAGCUCCGAACAGACUUUCGCAUACUCCCAAGUGGGCGACCGCCUUUCCGCCAGCAACAGAACCACAGUGGGGAACCCUCGGUGGUAA